AUGCCUAUUUUCUACGAUCAUAUAAUCUCACUAGAUACAAGACAUGCAACCAAAAUGAGUUUUUGUUUCAACGAUCAAGAAGCUUAUGGUACAAUAUCGCAGUUUUUUGAUUUGGCAAAAUGUCACUACAGACAUGUUCAAGGGUCUGCAGGAGUAUCGACUGGGUUCACAUGCUAUUCCACUGAAUAUUUAGUAGGUGACUACUUUAUGUCGGUGGUUUGUAAAGAUGUGGAAGCAUUUGUGAUAUAUCGGAUAAAGAAAUUGGAUCAACUUUCUAUAAAUACUUUGGAAAAUGUCGGAGAUUGGAAAAUGUUAAAAAGAGUCAUCAACAGAAUGUGUCGAAGUUUGGAAAUCUCAUUGCAAUCGAGGACAUACAAGUUGAAAGUGAAACAGUUCUCUCUGUCAGUUUUCGAUAUAUAUCAAGCUGUAUCAGCAGUCAACCUACUCGACCGUGAGAUUCUACAGGAAGUUACUGUACAUUUGCCGUUUGAAGAUCAAGUAUUCACAGCUUACGACUUCAUACCUCUAAUAGAAGGGCAGAGACGGCAGAGGUUGGAUCUGAGAAUCCACUUGCAUGAAUUCUCAUUGGAAGUGCUGGAGGAAGUGAGAAAGCUGCUCGCCUCCACAUCCAAAAAACUCAAUUCUAUUACUAUCAGCUAUAAAAACAUUGAUAAUAAAUGCAUUGAGUUAAUUGCUGAAACAGUACAUUCGUUUGAUGAAAGGACUGUAAAGUUUUUAAUAGAUCACGCUGAUGAUCCAAUUGAAGAAAUGGCCACGCUAAACCUAUCGGACAGCAAAUGUCCUAUGAAUAUCUUCGAGAUCCCUUCGAUAAUGAGCUCAAUUGCUUCAAAUUUAGAAUUUUCUCAGAUCCUAUCACUUCGAAAGGUGUCUAGAGGUAUCCGUCAGUGUGUCGAUUACGUCAAGCCAGAUCCGUUCAUCCAUCUUUAUUGCAUUUCGCUCAGGCAUUCUUUUUAUAGUGUUGUUAUUAACAAAACGAUGAAUGAAGAAGUAGUGGACUGGCGCAAAAAAUCUCUGGAACAGGAAGCAGUUCAAAUUAAUCUCCCUCAAUCUCCAGUCUUCCAAAAUUUCAAUAUACACAUCAAUGACUGUUCAACUGAAAACUUUUUAGCAGCACUAGGAGCACCUUAUCGAGUCGUCGACGACAUCCAAUAUAUAUGGUACUUCCGGAUUGAGAAUACUCAAUACUAUCUAGCUGUAGCGCUCGAACAAGGACCACUUCAAAUUGAAGGAUUAUCGCAUUUUGAGAAAAUCCAUCAGGACAACACUCCAUUUUUUAAAAUUUCGUAA